AACAAUGAGCAGUUAGUUUAGAGAGUUCAACAGAAAGUAUUGACAUCGUUAAUGUUUUCUUGUGCCUUUCCCCCCAUUAGUUCCUGUGCAGAAGAAGCACUAAAUGUUGAAAGUUGUACGUUCGUUUCUUUGUUUAUAAAUCAAUAUUUUGGGAAGACAAUUCUUUGCGUUUUUCCUCCCGUUAAUUUUGGCAGUAUUUUUUAAAAUACGAUGUGACAGAAUGAUCUCCGUACUUUUAUCAAGGCUUGUUCUCCUAGUAUUUGGGACUUUAUAUCCUGCUUAUGCAUCUUAUAAAACAGUGAAAACAAAAAAUGUCCGAGACUAUGUCAAAUGGAUGAUGUAUUGGAUUGUAUUUGCUUUGUAUACAUGUGUUGAAAUAUUUGCUGACAUUUUCAUAGCAUUUUGGUUUCCUUUCUAUUAUGAACUCAAAAUUGCAUUUGUGUUGUGGUUGAUAUGCCCUGCUACUAGAGGCUCAACUUAUAUUUUUAAGAAAAUUGUAAAUCCACAACUAAGCAAGCAUGAACCAGUACUUGAUGCACAUAUUGGGUCCUUAUGGGAUCAGGGAUACGAUGUUUUGCGGAAAAUUGGAGCCCAAGGUGUUGAUUAUUUGGGACAUUUUAUCGUGGAUUUGUUACGUAAGGGCCAGAUUACUGCAUCCACUUAUUUGCCAAAACUUAAUGAAAUUGCUCAAAGUAAUCCUGUGAUACAAAAUUCUGACAGCAAGUUUGGUGUGGAAAAUAACUUAGAUGAUGCAGCCUUAGAUGAUGAAGACUUUGAUAUUUUAAUGAUGGAGAAUCCCAGUUUGUAUAAUAAUGCCAUAGCUGCAUCUUCUCGUAAAAGUGUUCCUGAGGAAUAUCAAGAUUCUGAUACUGAUAGUCCACAGGUUGAAGAUUUAAAGUCUGUUAAGAAACGUCCUUUAAGAGUAGCAGCAACAAAGAAUAAAGCAAAGAUUGCAGGAUUGCGAGAAAGAAAGAAGAAAAAUGCAGACUGAUGAUCUAAAAAAUUGCUGCUUCUAUUCUUAUUUAUUUUAAACAAAUUUUCCUUUUAAAGUUUUAAUUUUUUUUUUUUUUCUAUUGUGUCUAUGGUAGAUUCUUUCUUGUACCUUGAUUGAAGGAGCAGUCUGUUAAGAGAAAUUUUAUACCUGUAUCUGUUUAUGUAAUUCCAUGCUUAUUCACUGUCUUCUAAUUUUUGGAUUUUAUCAUGCUUGAAGGUGAUUUUAAGUUGAUGAAAUCCUGUAUUCUAAUGCCAAGAUGAAGGCAAUAGAAUCCUGUAUUCUAUUGCCAAGUUUUUAUGAAUUUAAAAACAAAUUAUUGAAAAUUCAGUUCAGUAGUAGUGCUAUUAUUUGGUUGUGAGGCUUUAAUUUUUUAAUUCUUUAAUGGAUUAUUCUGUUUGUUCGCAAAUAUAUACCUCCAGCUCACUGUAUAUAGGUAUAAAAAAUGUGUAAAGAAACUAAAUGUAAAGAAGUACUUCAUUCAUGAAUAUGAAUCAUCAAUUAAAUUUUUAGAAGGGUUUGUUUCUAAAAUAAAGAUCUCAUAUAAAAUGUGAUAUUUUUUAUUGUAGUUAUUUUUGGAACACUAGUGAUAAGUCAAACUCUAAUUAUUUGAAUGGCAGUGAAAAUGUCUUUAGUUUUUAAAUAUAUGUAUUCUUGUAUUCAUGUAAUUUGUAAUCAAAAAAGCAAUAAAAUUUAUUGACUUGUU